AUGAGUAACUGGUUGGGGUUCUCUCUGACUCCACACUUGAGGAUUGAUGAAGAAUUUGGGAGAGAAAACCAAGAGCGUGGAGGAGGUUAUCCUCCUCCUUCUUCUCAUCCUCAUCCUCACCCUCACCCUCCUUCUUCUCACCCUCACUUGUCUGUUAUGCCUUUGCGCUCUGAUGGCUCUCUCUGUGUUUCUGACUCCUUUAGGCACUCAGCUGCACCUGAAGAAUGGAGAUAUGAUAAUGCAAUAGGGGGAGGGAAUUCAAAUGAAGAAGGUCCAAAGCUUGAAGACUUCUUGGGUUGCUACUCAAACUCAACCAUGGCUGAAUCUAAAGUCUUCUGCCCAGACUCACAACAUGACCAAAACCAAAACCAGAAUAACAUUUCUAAAAUCAAUGUUAAUGUUGCACCAAGCUUUUGCACCAAUGCAGAGAUUGAAACUGGGGAGAAUCUCACAAACCCUUCUUCCUUGCUCCACUCUUUCCAUGCAUACAAUGAUAGCUCACAUACCCUUAUACCCACCAAUGGCAUGUACAAGUCUUGGUUGGCUCAAACUCAGUUUUCUGAGGGAAAACCUUCACCUGAGGCAAAUGGAUGUAAUUUUCAAUCUCUGUCCCUCACUAUGAGUCCUAGUGUACAAAAUGGGGUGGGUGCAAUUUCCACUGUUCAAGUGAAUGAAGACAAUCGAAAACGGGUCAUGGCAAAAUCUCAUGCUAGAGAACCAGUCCCUCGCAAAUCCAUUGACACUUUUGGCCAGAGAACAUCUCAAUAUCGUGGUGUUACAAGGCAUAGAUGGACUGGGAGAUAUGAGGCCCAUUUGUGGGAUAAUAGCUGCAGAAAGGAAGGGCAAACAAGGAAAGGAAGGCAAGGUGGCUAUGAUAAGGAAGAAAAAGCAGCAAGGGCUUAUGACUUAGCUGCACUCAAGUAUUGGGGUCCAACAACUCACAUAAAUUUCCCUUUAAGCACUUAUGAGAAGGAACUUGAAGAGAUGAAGCACAUGACCAGGCAAGAAUUUGUCGCCAAUUUAAGAAGGAAGAGCAGUGGAUUUUCUAGAGGGGCAUCUGUGUAUAGAGGGGUGACAAGACACCAUCAACAUGGAAGGUGGCAGGCUCGGAUAGGAAGGGUGGCAGGCAAUAAGGACUUGUAUCUUGGUACAUUUAGUACACAAGAAGAAGCUGCAGAAGCAUAUGAUAUAGCAGCAAUCAAGUUCAGAGGAACAAGUGCUGUGACCAACUUUGACAUAAGUAGGUAUGAUGUGAAGAGAAUUUGCUCAAGCUCAACUCUCAUUGCUGGAGAUCUUGCUAAAAGGUCUCCUAAAGACUCGGCUCAAGUUGCAGCCGAGGACUAUAAUUCUUGUGGUUCAUCAACACCUCAGCCACCACCUAUGGCCAUAACCGAUGGCCGUGAACACUCGGACGAGCUGUCCAACAUGGUGUGGAAUGCCAGCAGUGAUGAGCAGGCACAGAAUGAGAAUGGAAACAUUGACAAUGUCACUGAUCCAUCACAACGGGUUUCACCAAACAAGGAUGCUUUGAACCCCCAAAGCCCCAAGUGUUCUGUGGGGCUACCACCCAAUGAGUUUGCAGUGAGUGGAGCAGAUUAUGGACAUGGGUACUUUACCCUUGAUGGACCAAAAUACGAUGAUGGAAACAAUGAAAAUGACCACAUGAACAAUAACAGGCUCGGAAAUAUGGGAUUGGUUAAUCAAGUUCCCAUGUUUGCUUUGUGGAAUGAAUGA